AUGUCGUCAGCGGCGGGGCAUAAGGAGCGGAGCCGGGUGCUGGUUAUAGGCGGCACGGGCUACAUCGGCCGGUUCAUCGUCGCCGCCAGUGCCCGCGAGGGCCAUCCCACAUACGUCCUCGUCCGCGACCCCGCGCCCGCCGACCCUGCCAAGGCCGCCGUCCUCCAGGGGUUCCGGGACGCCGGCGUCACCCUCGUCAAGGGGGAUCUGUACAACCAUGAGAGCUUGGUGGUGGCAAUGGAAUCUGCAGAUGUUGUGAUCUCGGCGGUGGGUUAUGCACAGCUGCCAGAUCAAACCCGCAUUAUCUCAGCAAUAAAAGAUGCUGGAAACAUAAAGAGGUUCUUUCCAUCGGAGUUUGGGAAUGAUGUAGAUCAUGUGCAUGCGGUUGAACCUGCAAAAUCGGUGUUUGCUGCCAAAGCUAGUAUAAGGCGUGCCGUAGAGGCUGAGGGGAUCCCCUACACGUAUAUAUCCUCCAACUUCUUUGCUGGUCGUUUCUUGCCAGCUGUUGGACAGAUUGGGGUUACAGGCCUUCCAAUAGAUAAGGUUCUCAUCUUAGGUGAUGGAAAUGUGAAAGCAAUAUUUGGAACAGAAGAGGAUGUUGGCACCUACACAAUAAAAGCUGUAGAUGAUCCAAGAACCCUGAAUAAGAUCCUAUAUCUGAGGCCACCAAGCAACAUCUUAUCUCACAAUGAGCUUAUCUCACUCUGGGAGAAGAAAGUUGGGAAGACAUUUCAAAGGGUGUACAUUCCAGAAGACGAUGUCUUGAAGAAGAUUCAAGAGUCUCCAAUUCCAUUGAACAGAGUGCUGUCAAUCAGCCAUUCUGGGUGGGUGAAGGGGGACCACACCAACUUUGAGAUUGACCCUUUCUUUGGAGUUGAAGCCACUGACCUUUACCCUGAUGUCAAGUACACUACCGUGGAUGAAUACCUGAACAAGUUCCUUUGA